AUAUACUUAUAUAUAUAGUAACCAAAUUUAUCUUAACUUAAUUAAAAAUGGAGGAUGCCACCAUCCCAACCAUGAAAUCUAGCAACACUACCACCACCAGUCGUAGGUUAGUGUUGCUACCAUUACCAUUUCAAGGGCACAUAAACCCAAUGCUUCAACUAGCAAACAUACUUCACUCAAAAGCAGCCUUUUCUAUAACCAUCCUUCAUACUCAUUUUAACUCCCCUAAUCCAAACAACUAUCCUCACUUUAACUUUGUAGCCAUUCCUGGUGUUGCGGAAGACAAACACUCGCUCUCUGACAUAGGCAACGUGGUACGUUUUUUGUACUACCUAAACGACAAUUGUAUGGACGCGAUACAAGUUUGUUUGGAGCGGUUGAUGUUGGAGGAUGAAGGGGUUUUGUGUUUGAUCACGGAUGCUCAGUGGUUCGCCACACAAAGUGUGGCGAAUAGACUCAAAAUUCCAAGGAUUGUUCACCGGACUAGUAGUGUUGCGUCGUUUCUUUCAUUUGCUGCCGCCCCACGCUUACUUAACACCGGUUAUCUUCAGGAGUUUUUUGAUGCAGAUAUGAAAUCGGAAACGUUGGUCCCAAGGCUUGAACCGCUUAAAGUUAAGGACUUGCCAAAGUUCAUGACUAGUGAUCCUGUGGAUGUAUGCAACAUGCUUGAACUCAUGGUGCAAGGAGUGAAAGGAGCACGAUCCGUAAUAUGGAACACGUUCAAAGAGCUUGAAGAACUCGAACUACAUACCCUCAAGCAGGAUUUCCCAAAGCCGCAUUUCCUAAUAGGACCAUUUCACAAGUACUUUCCAGCAUCAUCUAGCAGCCUCCUAGCGCAGGACCAAACAUGUAUCUCAUGGUUAGACAAAUAUCCACCCAACUCUGUGUUAUAUGUUAGUUUUGGUAGUUUAGUUGAACUUGAGGAACUUAAGUUUUUGGAGAUGGCGUGGGGUUUAGCUAAUAGCAAACAACCAUUCUUAUGGGUGGUCAGACCAAGAUCCAUAAAAGGCUCAGAGUGGCUCGAACCAUUACCACAUGAGUUUUUGGACAAAGUUGUUGAAGGAAGAGGACACAUUGUAAAAUGGGCUCCACAACAAGAGGUAUUAGCACAUCCUGCAGUAGGUGGUUUUUGGACUCAUAGCGGAUGGAACUCGACACUUGAGAGCAUUUGUGAAGGGGUUACCAUGAUGUGUUCGCCGUCAUUUGGUGAUCAAUUCCCAAACGCAAGAUAUGUAGGCGAUGUUUGGAAGAUUGGGAUAACGUUAGAAAACGGGUUUGAUAGAGGCGAGAUUGAAGGUACAAUAAGGAAAGUAAUGGUGGAUAAAGAAGGGUUAGAAAUGAGGGAUAAAGUUAUGAAGUUGAAGAAAAAUGCAGACCAUUGCCUAAAGAAAGAUGGUUCAUCAUGUUCAUCAGUUGAGGAUUUGGUUCAACACAUUUUAUCAAUUUAGUAAAGGACAUUACUUAAACAGGGUUAAUUAUGUGGCCCUAUUUGGUUCUUCUUUGGGUCUGUAUUCCAUCUUACUUUAUUUAAUAAGAUCAUUCUUAUUUA